AUGAGCACCUCGAUCUCACCCGACCCGUUUCCGUCGCGAGACGUUCAGCAUGAAAUAUCGCGCGGCCAUGAUCGCGUUGAUACGCUUGUCGUCGAUGCCGCCCCGCUUAUCAAGGGCAAUCGCCUGGAGCACUUGGCAUCCAACUUUGUGACCAUUCCGGAGGUUCUUGGUGAAAUCCGAGAUCGUCAAGCUCGUAGCGCAAUGGCCACCCUGCCUUUUGAGCUCAAGGUGCGCGCGCCUUCGGAGGAGGCGAUGAAGCAUGUGAUUGCUUUUUCAAAGAAAACAGGCGACUUUGCCACCCUUUCGAUCACCGAUCUCAAGAUCCUUGCGCUGACGUACAUGCUCGAAAGGGAAGCCAAGGGCGUAAGCCACCUUCGAACAGAGCCGCUACGCUCUGAAGCUCCUCAUGAACGAUUGGGCUCCAACGACGACGCUGUGAGCACUCCUGGAUCUGAUGCUCCAAAAACCAAGCGUCGCCGUCACCGAGGGAAGAAGCAGCCUCAAGAAGAUAAGCCCAUCCAUCUGAACCUGCCCGAUCGAACCAUCUCCAAGAAUAAGCGCUCGCAGCCUAUGGAUGAAGUUCCCUCUUUAGAUGAAGAUGACGGCGGGGAGUGGAUCACCCCGGCUAACAUCAGCAAAUUCAAGGCCCAAAACUCUGGACUUCAUGCCGAUCACGAACGAGAGCCCGAGAAUAUUCCGGUGGCCUGUAUUACUUCCGACUUUGCGAUGCAGAACGUUCUUUUGCAGAUGGGGCUCCGUCUGAUUUCCGUCGACGGCUUCGCCAUUACCCAUAUCAAGAAUUGGGUCCUGCGGUGCCACGCGUGCUUCAAAUCGACAAAAGAUAUGGAGCGCCGAUUCUGCCCCACCUGUGGCAACAACACCCUGAUCCGCACCUCCGUGUCGGUCGAUGCUAACGGCAACACGAUCUACCACCUCAAGAAAAACUUUCAGUAUCGCACCCGAGGAACCAUUUGGUCGAUUCCGGAGCCCAAAGGCGGCAGACGGAACACUGACGUCGUGUUGCGCGAAGAUCAGCGGGAGUACCAACGGGCUCUUCAAUACCAAAAGCGCCAAAAGCAAGGCUCCGAGGACAUCAAUGACCCGGACGCGGCCAUGUUUGGGGCUGGGCAGAAGAACUUGAUGAAGAAUAGUCAACAGCUCGGCACCCUGACAAUCGGUUCCGGUCGACGAAAUCCGAAUGAAAGACGUCGCCGCCGAUAG